UCUGGGCGGUGCACGAUGCGAUUUCUUUUGGGUUUCCAAUUGCCAUCUUGGAUAUAAAAAGCAACAUCAUGACCUAUUUGUUUAGUACAUAGAAAGCACAGUGAACGUAAAGUGUUAUACGUGAAUGUUGGUCAGUUAAUCUUUACGAGUUAAUGGUAGCGAGAAACUCGACGAUUACUAAGAGGCAUUCCUCUUGAAAAUGAAGGUUAUAACUACCAUUAUUGUUAUUUGGACCCUAACCGAGGCUAUAGCGUCAGCGGAAUAUCGCUUCAAGCGCCGAGGUCCAGCCCCUCCUCAAAGACCUCCUCCGGCUCCAGGUCCACCAGCUUAUUUAAAGAAAUGGCAAUUAGCAAGACCCCACCGAGGAGUAUCUAGACCUCCUAGACCCAUUCCGGUCCAUAAUCAACCACAAAAUUACGGAAAAGUUCCCCUUCCCAUAGGACCAGUUAAAACAAACUAUCAGGCUCUUAACAGGAUUCAUCAAAAACCUUUAAAAAGUCUGCCAAGGAAACCUACAGUGAAACCAUUUCAAUCCUCAAGACCUCUGAACUUCCAACCAGAACUUGAUUAUCACAUCCAAACCAAUAAUAUACCGAACGCCAUUCCUAUCCAAAAUAAAGUUGCUGACAUCGCCAAUCAAAUACCAAUAAAACAACUGGAUGAGAAGGGUCCUAUCCAUACCAUCCCGGCACCUAAUUUAAGUCGAGACAAACCGUCGUACCAUUCAGAUGAUACAUUUAAAGAACGUCGACAUUACCAAGAACAUCACCGACCCGAUGUCAUCCAACAACAACAGCAACAACAACAACAAAAAUUCCAUCAAUAUCAAGUAACCGAGAGCAGUGAACAGCUAUCGAAGUACAAUAUUCCACAAAAGACCUAUACAGAAUCAUUCCAAACAAUAAAUAAUUUCAGAAACCAGUACCAACAACCCCAGUAUGUCCAACCGCCACCCCAAUACGUUGCCACCAAUACCUACGAUAAUAUACCAGUUGAGCACACUUUAGCAUUACCUUCCAACAACUUGCCCAACAACAAGGAGAUUCAACAAUAUCUCAACGAAUUUAAUAACCAACAGGAACAGUUUGUAAAGACUCCAAUACAAAACACGAAAGAUUUGCAACAGCUAGUGGCUUCGUAUCAAACCCAUGACCAUUCCCAAGUUCACAAUCAACCUUCCGAAGAAUACAAGCAUGAGUACCGAGCGCAGCCACCUAAAAAUCCACAACAACCCCAGCCACAUCUCCAACUGAACAUUCCAGAUUACGAAACCAUGUUGAAGCAAGCUCAGUUAUUCCAGAGUGAACCAGCGUAUCUUUCUCAAGUUCAGCAAGCCAUCGGUCAAAAUGCCAACGAACAGUCAAAACCUCAACUUCACACGUUUAAUUACGAAGAACAAUUUUCCAAAAACCCAAACCAGUAUGAAGGAUCGUCGGUGAAAUUUCCUGAUUUCGAAACAGACACUAACACCCCGACAAACGCUCACUCUUUUCGAAACAAUUUGAAUGUCAAUCAGCAAAACGCUUAUCUACAGCAUUUAUUAGAUUCCCCUAACACUAAUAACGAAAAUACUAAUGGCGGCAAUCAGAAGAAACGAAGUGAUACUUCAUCUUCGGUCGCUUCGGAUCGUAACGAUAACGAUAAGGAACAAAUAUCGAACUUCUACAUGACGUUGCCCAACAAAGAAGCUGCCGAAGCAUUGGCAUCUCUGCAAGAGGCUGGAAAGAUAAACAGCAAUUUGAUGCACUUGAAGUCGCAAGAUAUUCAAAGCCUUCAGUUAAGACCCAAAAAUCCACUAACCAUAUAUGUAUCGGAUGAGGACUCGUCUGAAAUGAAUGAAGAAGAAACAUUCCAGAGGUCGUCAGACGAUGGAAACCAUUUGGAAGGCAAAAAUGAUGAAGACAUAAGUGAGGAAAAUGACGAAGUAGCGGAAGACAACAAAAAUUUCGGAAACAAAAUCAAGCCAAAGAAAAAACGAAACUGAAAUUAAACAUUCGACAUCUUCUUCAAAACUUCAACUUCGGGUACCUGUCUUCCCAUAUCUAG